UACUGAUAGCAACAAGCUUGUUUUUUAGUCACACAGCACCAGACUGAGAUCUCUCUCCCUCUCUCUUGAGGCAAAGAUGAACGCUAUAAUGGAUGCCAUGCAGGGUUUUGGUGUGAGCACCACCCACUACCUGCAGACCAACUAUCAGGAUGCCCAGGGCUUGUUUCUCUGGGUCUCCUGGGCGGCAGACCUCAGGAACACCUUCUUCAUCUUCUUCCCGCUUUGGUUUCAGCUGCGUUCUUCAGUGGCCAUCAAGCUCAUCUGGGUGGCCGUGAUCGGAGACUGGUUUAACUUGGUGUUCAAAUGGAUUCUGUUUGGGGAGAGGCCUUACUGGUGGGUCCAUGAGACGGCUCAUUAUGCAAACUCAGUUCGUCCUCACAUUGAGCAGUAUCCAAUGACCUGUGAGACUGGCCCAGGCAGCCCCUCUGGCCACGCUAUGGGAGCCGCAGGAGUCUACUACACCCUGGUGACGUCCAUCCUCGCCAUCAUGACCAGCAAGAAGAAAUAUGGAAGCAAGAAAUCCACCAACGAGGACCGGUAUCUGAAGGCUGUUUUGUGGACUCUGUUUUGGGGAGUCCAGCUGUGUGUCUGUCUCUCCAGGGUCUUCAUCGCCGCCCACUUCCCCCACCAGGUCAUUGCUGGUGUUAUCACAGGUAUAAUCGUGGCUGAAGCCUUCGACAGAACUCAGUGGAUCUACAGCGCCAGCAUGAAGAAAUACUUCUACACGACUCUCUUCUUGACCUCCUUUGCUGUUGGCUUCUACGUCAUCCUCAAAGCUCUGGGUGUGGACCUGCUUUGGACCCUGGAGAAAGCCCAGAAGUGGUGCGUGAGGGCAGAGUGGGUGCACCUGGACAGCACGCCCUUCGCCAGCCUCCUGCGUAACAUGGGCACCCUGUUCGGCCUGGGCCUUGGCCUGCACUCGCCCCUCUACACUGAGACCAAGAAGAGCAGCAGCACGUUGGUCAAAGCAGGGUGCGUCAUCAGCUCUCUGUUCCUGCUGCACCUGUUUGACUCCUUCAAGCCUCCCACGCACACUGCAGCCCUCUUUUACCUGCUUUCCUUCUGCAAAAGCGCCACAGUGCCUCUGGUCACUGUAAGUAUCAUCCCGUACUGCGUGAACGGAGCUCUGAGCCUGCAGAACAAAAAAGGAGUGUGAGCAGUGAACUCAGAUUCAACAGACUAAUGAAAUGGAGGCUCCUCCGGAUAAAAAAACAAAAACACUUUCAUCUGGUGCUUAUUGCAUUCGUAUGUCCAACUGAUCCUCAGGAAAAGCCUUUAAGAUCGAUGGGAAAUUGUGACUGCCGGUGUGAUUUAGACACUGAACUCUGUGAGCGCUCCAGGAUGCCCAGUGGCACUUACAAAGACCAAUCCUGUAUUUAGCAAAAUAUGAUAAUUGCAAUUGUUAUAAAGUCCUGGAAAAGGAUAGACGAUGAACACAUGAGCUGCAGUUGCUGUGUAAACCUCACUUUAAAGACAGACAGACAACAGUCACUCAAAGCACUCGUAUUUCAACUGUAUUAGUAAUGUAUUUUAAAUGGUAUAGAAAGUAUUUUUGAAACUGUUUUGAAUAUUUUUAAUA